AUGGGAAAGUCAAUGAGGGUGAAGGUGCCUGGUCUGCUGGAGCACUACCUACCUGCUCUGUGCCUCUUCUACCUAUCUGCACUCCUCGGACUGUCAUCCACACAGUCAUCAAUUAACUACAUGGUCCUUCUCCCGGCCCAAUUGCACUACCCAUGCAUAGAAACAGCUUGCCUCGUGCUGGAUGGUGCUGUUGGCCAUCCCAGAAUAGAUAUAACUGUGACCUUGGAGACUUUAGGAGAAACUAUCGUUAUUUAUCCUAAAGAUGGGUGUUCCCAACUGCCCAUUUCUUGCUGCAAGUUCAAGGUUCCACCUCCCAGCCAGCUCGCCGAAGUGGCAACAGUCAAAAUUGUGGCGAAGGGAGACCUCUCUUUUACGGAAACAAAACAAGUCUUCAUCCAGGGGAUAUCGGAUGGUAUUGUGGUCCAAACAGACAAACCUCAAUACAAGCCUAGAGACAUGGUUGGCUUUCGCAUUGUGACGUUAGAUGAGAACUUUUUGUGCAAAAAGCCGAUGUAUUCCAUAGUGGAGCUGACGGAUCCCCAAAAUAACCGAAUCGCUCAAUGGCUCAAAGUCCCCACCAGAAUGUGCAUCGCAGAACUGAGCUUCAAACUGACAUCUGACCCUAUUCUGGGCACCUACACCAUCCUUGUGGAGAAUACCCCAGUACAGACCUUCAUUGUUCUAGAGAAGGUUCUUCCCCGCUUUGAUUGUACGAUAGAAGCUCCUUCAAAAAUAUAUACUUUAGAGGACAAUUUUCCAGUUAAAGUGUGCGCCAGAUUUACUUAUGGGAAAGGAGUCAUCGGAAGUGUCAGUGUACAACUUUGUCAUAUGAGUUACCCCAACAACAUCUGUAUCUCAGUGAGUGGAGAGACAGACAUCACCGGCUGCUUCACUACCACGGUCAACACCAACGCUGUGGCAGAGUAUUAUUAUGAUAGCGGUUACACUGUUGCAAUGGAUGCAUUCUUUACAGAGCAAGACACAGGUGCCCAGGCUGCUGCCCAUAAGGAUGUCCCUGUUGCAUUGUUUUCAGAGACUAUCAUAUUCAAAGAGAUUGGCACAUAUUAUAGGACAGGAUAUCCCUUCUUGGUGACGCUGGCAGUUACGGACCGGAAUGGCUCGCCAGUCCCAGCUAGAAAAAUUGAACUGGAAGUUAAUUACGGAAGUGACGUAUCAAUUGGAACCACAGACCAAAAAGGAGAAGUGACAUUCAGCCUGCAAACAUCAUCAUGGGAUAACCAAGUCUCUAUAAGGCCUUUUAUAGAGGGAAAGAAUGGCAGGGUGACGAACAAUGACUUUCAACAGGUUUUUCCCUUUUACACCUCAGCCAAGUCCUUCUUACGGCUGCAGCCAAUCAAUGAAGUUAUCAAAUGUGGCAAUAGAGAAUUGGUCCAGGCUCAGUACAUUAUAAACCCAGAGGACCUGGAAAAGGGCGCCAAAAGCGUGAACUUCUAUUAUAUAGUUGUUGGCAAAGGUGGGAUUAUGGCAAAAGGAACUGAAAUAAUUAAACUGAAAGACAACUCCACCCUGAAAGGCAUUUGCAAAAUCUUUAUUACCUUCACACACAAGUUUGGGCCGAAACCCAAAAUGAUCGGUUUCCUUUUACUGAAGAAUCAAAUGGUCGCAGAUAGAAUCUUUUUAAACCUGGAAAUGUGUUUCCCCAACAUGGCAACGUUGAAGUUUUCAAGCUCGGAGUCCCUCCCAAAAGGUAAAGUCAACCUCCGCAUUGCCUCCUCUGCCAAGUCUUUGUGUGCACUACGUGCUGUAGAUAAAAGCGUCCAGAUCGGUUUUGAAGAUAAGGAAUUAACCAAUGAAAUGGUCUUCAGUUUGUUUCCGUACUCGAUCAGAGGAGGAUAUCCUGAGGGUGUUAAGGAGGAGAACCCAAUCCUUAAUUGUUGGUGGUGGUGGUGGUGGUAUCAAUCCUCUAGUAACCUUGUGGAUGUACUCGACUUAUUUCAGGAUGUUGGUUUGAAGGUCCUGACAAAUUUGCAAAUCAGGCGGCCUCCGCCAACUUGUCCUCCACCACCCAUUUUCUCUGAAAAUAUGACUUUUGCCCUAGCAGCAGGAAUGCCAGUUUGCAAACUCAGUGAACCACCUGCAGAGGAGUUAAACUCCUCAGACUUUGAUUCAUUUUCGGACGAUGAUGUGAUUGAUGACCAUCUGUUCGAACCUGCGUCGCAGGUGUUUGGAGGAUACCGAGCCCCCAGCACGAAGCGGAAGAAACGCUCCGGCCGGAGCGCACUGCAUGGGUCUGGCACACCGAAUCCAAAUACCCCACAGCUGACCUGGGGAGAGGAAUUCUUACAACAAACCACAACGCCUGAAUUUGUCGCAAAGCAAGAGAUUCGCAAGUAUUUUCCUGAAACUUGGCUCUGGAGUCUGGUGGAGAUCACUCAAUUUGGCUUCACAACCAUCUCGGUGACCGCCCCCGACACCAUCACUACAUUUAAUGCCAAGACCUUCUGCAUAGGGAACAAUGGCUUUGGUCUCUCAGCACAAGUAUCCCUGACCGUCUUCAAGCCGUUCUUCGUGGACCUCACCUUACCCUAUUCCAUCAUCCGGGGGGAGACAGUGACAUUGAAAUCCCUGGUCUUCAAUUAUCUGAAACAAUGCAUAAAGGUCCAGGUAUCGCUGCUCAAUUAUUCAAAUUUCACCGUAGAAGCCUGCAACGAUUGUGUGUAUACCAAAUGCAUCUGCGCAGAUGAAUCCGACACCUUCCUCUGGAAUAUUACUGCUAAAGCAAUAGGUUUUGUACCAAUCACUGUGAGAGCCGAAGCCAUCAGAAGCACUGAACUCUGCAAAGGCAAUCCGGUAUAUACGCCCUCUAGUGGAAAUGUGGACACAGUGCAGAAACAGCUGCUUGUCAAGGCCGAAGGCAUCACAAAGGAAAUUUCCCAGAACAUGUUCCUCUGCUUGAAAGGUUCCAAUCAAACUAUUGAGAGAAGUUUCGUGCUGGAGCUACCGAACAACUUUGUGAAGGACUCUGAGAGCGCAUACGUUUCUGUGAUAGGUGACCUUCUGGGCACAGCGCUGCAGAACCUCAACAGUCUGAUCGUAAUGCCAUAUGGCUGCGGAGAGCAGAACAUGCUGACGAUGGCCCCGAUCGUAUAUGUGUUGGAAUAUCUUACAGCCACAGGGCAGCUGAGCUCUUCACUGAAGACAACAGCCUUUUCCUACCUACAGAGCGGAUAUCAGAGAGAGCUGAACUACAAACACUGGGACGGAUCAUUCAGCGCCUUUGGAAAUAAUGAUGGUGAAGGCAGCACAUGGCUUACAGCAUUCGUGAUUAAGUGUUUCUAUCAGGCUAAAGAGUACAUAUUCAUCGAUGACCUGAUUCUCAUUCAGGCCGUGUCAUGGCUGAAUAAUGAGCAGAGACCAGAUGGAUGUUUUAACAACAGGGGCAGGCUGAUUCACACUCCCAUGAAGGGUGGAGUGAAUGAUGACCUGUCACUCUGUGCUUUCAUCACAUCUGCGCUACUAGAACUUGGAACUCCCAAAAAUGAUGCCCCGUUGGGCCCUGCUCUCUCCUGCCUUAAAAACAGCAUCAGUGGCACUUCCAACACAUACACGCUGGCUCUAUUGGCAUACACGUUCACCCUGGCCAAUGACCUGGAAACACGGCAGACGCUUCUGGACAGGCUCUACCUGCUUGGUCAGUCUACAGGAAGUGACUUGCAUUGGCCAUACUCUUCAAGCUCUUCAGAGGGUUAUGUCCUAGCAUCAGCCAGUGUAGAACUGACAGCUUACGUCUUGCUGGCAUUGGUCUCUGGCCCUCCUCUAAGCACAGAAGAGCUAACGACUUCUUCCCGCAUUGUCAGCUGGCUGUCCAAACAACAAAAUCCUUAUGGAGGAUUUGCAUCCACACAGGAUACAGUUGUGGCCAUCCAAGCUCUUGCUAAAUACACCGAACUCACAUUCAACCCCAACUCAAACCUGCUGGUGACGGUCUUUGAAAAAAGCGGCUCUCUGAAGCAGUUCCAGGUGGACAAGACCAAUCGUCUACUCCUUCAGAAACAAUCUCUGCCUAACAUUCCUGGGACAUACAAACUAGCCGUUAAGGGCGAUGGUUGCAUUUUCACUCAGAUUGUCCUAAAGUACAAUGAACGCCCUUUGGUGGAAAAGUCGACAUUUAAAAUCUUUGCAGAGAUCACUGGCUGUACACAGGGAACGUUGUACCUUCAAGUAGUUUUCAGCUACAAUGGGCCUCGGACAACCACCAAUAUGGUCGUUAUUGAAGCUGAAAUGCUGUCGGGUUUCAGUACAACAGAAAACACAGCACUGGAGCUCGCAUAUUAUCCCUUUGUUAAAAAAGUGGAGACCAAUCAGAACUCCGUCUUCAUUUAUCUGGAUGAGCUGGACCACUCAACACGAGAUUACAAUAUCCUCAUUGUGCAAGAUAUGGUCGUCUUUGGCCUCAAACCGGUCAAUGUAAAAAUAUACGACUAUUACCAAAACGAGGAUAGCGCCACUACUACCUAUGGCCCGUGUCCUACUGAUGGGAGAAACGGUCCGGGCAUUGAAAAGAAUUGAAUCAUGAAAGAGGAGCAGAUAUAAUCAACAUCAACAGAUCACAAGGUGGAGGACAACAGAGUUCUUAUCCGGAAACCCCAAUAACCUGGGAGGGUUCAUCCAUAGUAUCACAUGGAAAAUUUACGUAGCUUCUUAUUAGAUAUUUAUGGGAAGAUUGGAUUUCACCAAUGAAUACAAAUAUUAUAAUGCACUACAAUGUUAAUGUUAGUAGGUUGCCAGAGUCUAAUAUCAAAUUAAAGUUGUAACUUUGCCUACGAA